CGGCUUUCGUGUGCAACAGACGUGUGUGGCGCUUUGAAACCAGAGAAUUCUGAAUAAAGAAACGCGAGCAAGAAAUCUAAUUCGAAAUUAAAUAGAAAACAGAAAAACUCAAUGAACAGGCAAAAAGGAACCCCCAUUAAAUGCUAGAACAAGCAUAAUCCCAAAGAAUUGCUAGCAUACUUUUUGGGGUUUACGUCAUGUUUGUCUACAUUUAGCGGCAAAGAAAGGAAGGAGAGAGAGAGCGAGAGAGUUGAGAGAGAGUUUGUUGUUGCCACACACCAUGUCCCGUUGUGCGCCUGUGUCUCUGUCUCUGUCUGCGUCUACGUCUCCAUCUCUGUAUUCGUGUCCAAGAAAUCGCUGUGCAUGUGCCCCCCCCAAACACACAAAUCCCCAACAAAUAUCAUCACAACCGUUCCAGCAUCGUGCAUUGUCCAUUGCAUUUGUUUAACUAAUUGGCUGAAGGUGUUUUGUGCCGUAUUUUACCUUUCAAGCUAAAUGUAGUAAAGAAAGAGCAACAGAAUCAAAAAAUCAUUAAAAAACUGUAAAUUGGUAAAAAAAUACUCGCAAACAAAACGUAAAGGCUAAAACAAGGCGUGUUGUUUUGCCGCAACAAUAAACAAAACAACAAACAAAACUACAAGCAAAAACUACAACAAAUAUAGAACAAGAAAAAUAUAGAAACAACAAACAUCUACAAGAACAAACGCCGCUAAGUAGAUACAAAAAUCAUAGAAAUUUCUUUUGUCGAGGCACCCGCGCAAAGUUCCAUUUUGCAUAGUAGACUUUUAGGCGCCGCACACUUUUAGCCACACGAAACAGACAGACAACCAAACCAAACCAAACCAAACCAACCAUCCAUACGACAAAUUCAAGAAACAUUCCAAGCAAAAACCAAAAGCAAACCACCAUCGCCACCAAAGCCACAGCCACAGGCACCAUCGCCACCACCACGAACCACAAUAUGAGCCUCAAUAAGAUCAAGAAGCGCGACUCGAGCGACUUAUGACUGAUGCGCUCGAAGGGCCAUGGCCAUGCCACCGUCAAUCUGGGCGCUGGCAUUGGCAGCGGCAGUCGGUACAAGGUUACGUGUGUGCCGGAAGUGAGCAUCACAUCGCCCACCAGUGGGGGCCUCCUCCAUGAGGCACCGUUGCCGCUGCCGAGUCCCAUCUCGAUCGCACAACAGCCCCAGCCACAGCCACAGCAACAGGCGGCACAGAGCAAUGCGAAACACUUUGCGCUGCUCCAGCGCAGUCGCUCCCAGCCACAGGCACAGUCGUCGUCGUCUAACAGCAUUUUCUCCACGCCUUCAGGCAUAGGCCCUGCUGUGGGCGGCGCCACUCUGGUCGAGGAGGAGGACUUCAGCUUGGCAGCGGCUAGUGCCAGCAGUGUGGCCGCGAAGAACGUGCUUCAGCGCCAGUUGGCCACGACCACCAUCGUUCACCAGCAGCAGCAGCAGCAGCAGCAGGAGGAUCAGGAUUUGGAUUUGGACAGCGAACGGGAACGGGAACCGCUACAGAAGUUACCCCUGACUUUGGAGGCGUCGUGCGAGCCACCCAACGAACUGACACCGCUCGUGGAGGAGGAGCCCAGUGCCAGUGCCAGUAUCGCCGCCGCAGGCCCAUCGACAGGAGCCUCCACAAGCAAUCGUUAUAGCCGCAACUCAAAGACCACACGCUCCUGGCCCGUCAUCUAUCGCAAUCCGCAUCACUGCGACUACGAGGCUCUGUACAUCCAGCAGCAGCAGCAUCCGCAGGGAUCGCAGAGCUUCAAGCAGAACUGCUACUCGAAUCAGUUCAAGCAGUCGAUCGUCUACUCCAGCAGCAAUGAGGAGGAUCUCCCCGGCGGCGAGCAGCAGUUAACGGAGCCCAGGCAAACCACCUGCUACUAUUUUGCACCCAGUCGCCACAACAGCAUUUAUGAGCAUCCCUCCUCCGUGGUCGGCGGCUCCUUGCAGUUCGACGCAGGAAAUUCGGGCGCAAACGCAGCCACAUCCGCCGUUGCGGCAGCGGCCGUCGAGAGUCUGAGGCGCAGCAACAGCAUCCUGUUGAGGCAGAACAGCUGCGCGAAGGUAAUCCAACGUCGUGGUAGCGGCGGCAGUGGUUCCCCCACAUCCCUGGGCUCACAAAUGGACGGCCUGGGCAUGGGCAGUACGGCGGGGGGCAGCGCCUGCUGCUCCACCUGCUGCAUGGGUCCGCCGCCGGUGCUGUUUCUCUUUGUCACCCUUCUGAUGACCACCAGUGCCACGGCUAUGCUGUGUGCUGCCAUCAUGACGGAUCACUGGGAGCAUGUCACAUGGGAUCGUAAUAGUCUGGAUCGUUACUCGAAUCGUUCGGGUCUGCAUCUGGAGUGGCUGCUAGAGGAUCAGGUGGCCAUGCUCAAGCCGGAUAAGAGAGCCGAUCAUCGAUUUCGUCGCGACUCUGUAUUCCUGGUGCCCAUGCACGGCGGGAUCUGGACCCUGUGCAUUGAUCUGCCCAUCCAGCAGCUGCAGGAGCUGCGGCGCAAUCCGAAAUUCCCACGAGGAGCCCCCCCAUGUGUCAACUAUCUGGCGGGCUCCAUGGAGAAUGCACGCGGGGAGGAGCAGCGCAACGAUUGGCAGCACAGUGAGUCACAGGUCAUCACUCUGCAGCCGCAUCUGAGAAUGCAAAAUCUCUCCAUAUCCUGCUCACUGGUGUGCCUCAUUAUAUUGGGCAGUGCCGCUUUGGUUGGAGCCUUUGGCGUCUGUCAGCGUCAGAUCAGUGCAAUCCUCAUCACAGGUGUGAUGUAUCUCCUGGCAGCUCUCUUUGCACUCUUUACGCUGAUGAUCAUCCACUUUAAGCGACAGCAGGGACGCCCAAUGCUGGACAGCGACUAUGAUGGCACUGUGGAUGGCAUUGUGGCACGUCCCGGGGGAGUGGCCAUCAUGGCCAAGCCACUGUUGGGCGCACGCAUAUUCCUCACGUCCUGGAGCCUGGACUUGGGAUGGGGCGGCGUUGUGCUGUGCGCCAUCACCUCGGUGCUGUGGAUUUUACUGUCAAAGAUCAUGCGGUAUAACCCAUUUUCGGCUUUAAUGAUUUAGCUAAACGCCCUGCCGCUCGGCGGCUAUGGAUAUGCCGGAAGCAGCUAUGGCAGCUACGGCAGCACCAAUAGCACCAGCAGCGGUGGCAGCUCCAGUUUCCUGCUGGCAGCCGUCACCUCGUCGCAGCGGCAAAAGGAGCAUCGAGGGGGCAAGGGUAAAUACAUUCUGUAGAAUGUGUCUCGGAGUCCUGCCCCCUCUGGCUUCCACCUAUCUAUCUUUGUUUUCAUCUUUUGGUGUAAUUUAUACUAAAACUUAUUUCGAAUCGUUCUUCAACGUGUGCUCUUAAUCCUUAAUCUUACAUUAAUGUACGAAGAAAACAAAAAAAAAAACUCAAUUGCCUUGUUCUUAUAUACAACUUAAUCUAUAAUUAAUUAUUAUUGCGGAACAUUAUGUACUUUAACCAAAAUGUAAAUUCAAUUUACACUCUAUCUUUACAAGUAAACCCUCUCCCCCCCCUUUUUGUAUUCUACACGAUUCUACACGACACCAGUACUAAUACUAAAACUAAUUCUAAUCUAUAACUAACUUUAAAAGCAUAUGUAAAAUGUGAGACAUUUAUUUACACGACAACAGCAACAACAACAACAAAACAGAGGCUUUUGCUUUAAAGUGCUUUGUAGUAAACAGUUUCGCUUGCAACAGCGUUAAUCAAACCGAAAGUAGGGAAUAUCUGUUCUGUGUGUGGCACUUGAUUAGAAUUAUGCCAAAUGAUUGGAAGAUUACAAUAAUUUAGGAAUAACAAGCAACAAACUGCUUUCACUGCUUUCAAACGUGCGGGAAUGACUUGAAAAGAACUUGGAAAGUACAGCUAAAAGUUCCCUGCAAUGAACUGCUUUCACUGCUUUCAACUGUUGCUACAGCUGAACACGGCUGGAAGGAGAAGCAACUAGUGCCGAAUGCUGCUUGUAACAUUUUUGAACUGCUUUUUUACCAACUAAACUGCUUCAACAUUUUCCCGCCUUGCUCAUUAUUUGGAAAGAUUUUAAGAAAGUGUCACAACAGAAUGUCACUAAUUGUAGAACAUUACGUAUACUUAGAGCUCCUCCGGGGGUACAGUUGUACACAAAAUGUAGGGACGCUUGACAGCAAAAAUGCAUUGAGAACAUCUAGUGCUUUAAAUCAAAUGGUUUACAAAACUUAUUGUAUAGAAAACCAAACAUCAAAAACCAAAACAAAAGAAGCUACAAGUAAUAAACAUGGACAACAACAAGUGUAUUUUUAUGCAAACGCUUUGCCUUAAAACAAAAAAAAAAAACCAAUAUAAGAAGAAAAUUAUUUAAAUACAAGAAAAAUACUUUCUUU